AUGCCUAGCAGUUGCAGCAUUAGAGCUCUCUGGAUCCUCAACAAUCUCGACGCCGUCGUUUUCUCCAGGAAAUUCCCGGUGGUGGAGAAGCAGUGGCGUGCUGCUUGCAAGAUCAUAAACGACACCUCAAACGACGAAGAAGAAGAUACUCUCAAGUACAGUGUUUACCCUUUUCUCCCGAACGACACCGAACUAUCUUCCGCUUUUGUCGAAAGAAAGAAACGUGAGGGAUCAUUGCGAGGAUACGGUAUUCGUGUGAAUCAAUCAGUCAAAGGCUCGGAUUCAUGGGUAGAUGAUCCGAUUACGCGGCAUGUAAUAAGUAUUAAUGUAGAGUCAAAGGAAGAGAGAGGAGAGAAUCAUUUGUUAUGGCCUUUGAUUUUGCAUUUAAGGGGAAGUUAUGUAAUUCUUGUGUUGCCAUUGGUUGAGCCGGUGCAUUUAAAGGGGUACUCCAAGUUAUGUAGGAAAUCGGACUGCGGAAAUGCUGUUGGAGUGGAUGCAAGUUUGUCUUCUAUCUUGCUUGAUGUCCCAUCCAUCACAGGGGCAUUCUUGGUGGCACAUGCUAUUGGUGACAUAAUUGUGGGUGAUGUGGUAGAACCUGAGGUGGUUGUGAAUGCAGCACCAUCUGUGGGAGGAUUGUUGGAUUCUCUUACUGGGAGCAUAGGGAUAGCAGGUAUAUCAUCUAGGGCAAAACCAGUGGCUGCCCCAGUUGCAUCUGCCACACCCUCUGGCACUGCUUCAAUUGGGACUGUGACAGCUGAUACUCCAAAACUUGGUUCAAGGCCUUUGGAUAAAGAUACACUUCGAAAUUUCAUCAGUAGCGCAAUGCCUUUUGGUACUCCUUUAGACCUCAACCACUCCAAUAUUUCUGCUAUCAAGGCUAAUGGCUUUUCUUCAUCAGAUCUGCCUCCUGCAGAUCUCAAGCAACCAGCAUGGAAACCAUAUCUUUUCAAAGGAAAGCAAAGAAUUCUAUUCACUAUCCAUGAGACUAUUCAUGCUGCCAUGUAUGACCGGGAGGAGAUUUCAGAUACCAUAUCAGUCUCAGGUCAAAUAAACUGUCGAGCAGAAUUGGAAGGAUUGCCUGAUGUAUCACUUCCUUUGACAGGAUUGAACAAGGCUCACGUUGAGGUUUUAUCAUUCCAUCCCUGUGCUCAAGUUCCAGAACAUGGUGCUGAUAAGCAAGCUGUGAUGUUUUCACCACCAUUAGGCAAUUUUGUUUUAGUGCGUUAUCAGGCCAAUUGUGGCCAUGGUCCUCCUAUAAAGGGAUUUUACCAAUUGUCAAUGGUCUCUGAGGAUGAAGGUGCUUUUUUAUUCAAGUUGCAUCUAAUGGAGGGAUAUAAGGCUCCUUUGACAAUGGAAUUCUGUACAGUGACUAUGCCUUUCCCAAGGAGAAGGGUUGUUUCUUUUGAUGGGACCCCUUCUGUUGGAGCAGUUUUAAACACAGAGUACUCGAUUGAAUGGAAAAUCAUUGCAAGUGGUCGGAGUCUUUCUGGGAAAAGUGUUGAAGCAACUUUCCCUGGAACAGUCAGGUUUGCCCCAUGGCAAAUUCAAAGAUUGCCUUCCUCUAACUCUGGCUUUGGAAAAAUGGGUGAUGAAGAUAGUGAUGUUGAGAUAGACAGUACAAACAAUAUGGCAAAUGUGGAGGAAUUCUUGAUGGAAAAGAUGAGCAAGGAUCUUCCUCCAGUUGAUCUAGAGGAGCCAUUUUGCUGGCAGGCAUACAGUUAUGCUAAAGUAUCUUUUAGGAUUGCUGGGGCUUCAUUAUCUGGGAUGUCUAUUGAUCCUAAAUCUGUUAGCAUCUAUCCGGCUGUUAAAGCACCUGUGGAGUUCUCAUCUCAGGUUACUUCUGGGGAUUAUAUAUUGUGGAAUACUUUGGGGAAGUGUCCAUCUGCAGCAAUGGCUCAGGAAUUUCAUACUAGCAUACUCGAGAAAUACAAGCAUCAUUUUUCAUUGGGCAGAUUUUGUUUAAAAAUCGGAGUGAAAAAUGAGGGGAUUUUGGUUGAGGAGUUGUUUAAUGGACAGUUGUUGACAUUUUGCAAUUUCGAAAAGGGAGGACUUUCGGAUUCUGAAGGUGGAGAUUGGUACCUCCCACCUAAGUCUAUCGCAGGAGCAAAAGCUCUGUUUCAGGCUCUUUACAUCUGGUGA